ACGAAAGAAACAAACACGAAAAACAACAUCUCUCGGCAUCUUCUUCUUCGUUAUCUUCAACCUACCCUUUGUCUUACCUCGAUCCUCUCUCUCUCUCUCUCUCUCUCUCUCUCUCUCUCUCUCUCUCUCUCCUCCUCGUCUUCUCCAUACCAAUCAACCAACACAAGACACAAGAGGUAGUAAUGAAAGGCUUCAAAGACUGGGUUUUUGCUCUAUCCAACUCAAUGGCAUCAUCUAGACCUCUUUUGGGAAGUGACCCUUUUUUCCGUGACCCUCAUCAUGAACAAGAGGAUAACCAUUCUCACGCACCUGCUGCACCAGAACCAGUGACACGCUCGGAAACACCAUGCUCAACCAGUGGUGAUGUAGAAAUUCAGCCUCCUCUCUCUCAGCAACAAAUUCCACUUGAAAGCUUGUACCAGUCAAGUAUUGAUCUUAACGGAAAGAAACAUAAUCCACUAGCAAAGAUUGGUGACCUCCAAGUGCAAUUCUUACGCCUUGUUCAAAGGUUUGGGCAGUCACAGAAUAAUAUUCUAGUCUCCAAGGUUUUAUAUCGGGUACACCUUGCCAUGCUGAUACGAGCCGAGGAAUCAGAACUGAAAACAGUAAAGCUCAGGCAAGAUAGGGCAAAAGCUCUAGCGAGGGAGCAAGAAUCUUCUGGUAUACCUGAACUGAAUUUCUCGCUUCGAAUCCUAGUCCUGGGGAAAACAGGUGUUGGCAAGAGUGCAACCAUAAACUCUAUUUUUGGUCAGUCCAAAAGUGAAACUGAUGCUUUCAGACCGGCCACAGAUCGCAUAGAAGAGGUUGUGGGAACUACGUUCUCUGUAGCUCUUGACCUUCAAUCAUCAGGAGAAGAUCUGGUGUACUCGUUUCAGGGCGGCACAAAGCUUCAAACAUUCAAGUACAACACAACUGACCUUGGAGUCGGUUUGACAUCCUUUGGUGGGAAAUACUAUGUGGGCGGAAAGCUUGAGGAUACCUUAUUGGUUGGGAAGAGGGUGAAGUUAACUGUGAAUGCAGGUCAGAUGAGGGGUUCAGGGCAAACAGCACACGGCGGAAGCAUUGAAGCUUGCAUCAGAGGGAGAGAUUACCCGGUCAGAAAUGAGCAAAUCGGGUUGACAGUGACCGCUCUGUCUUUCAACCGAGAGCUGGUCUUGAACUGGGGUUUACAGACUCAACUUAGACCAGCCCGGGGCACGAACAUAGACGUCAAUAUAAACAUGAACAAUAGGAAAAUGGGGAAGAUAAACGUGAAACUCAAUAGCUCUGAGCACUGGGAGAUCGCUUUGAUAUCAGCUUUAACGAUGUUCAAGGCUUUAGUACGGCGGAGGAAGAGUGAAACGACAAAGGAAAAUGAAGAAGAAGAGUUGUGA